AUGAAGACCAAGUCUCCCGCUGCUGCCGCCGGGCGCUCGGGUUCCUUUGGAGAUGACUUCCGUACCAGCAAGAAGGAUAAGCGUCAGAUCAAGCAUGCGACCCUCAUGUCCAAGAUCGCCAAGAGCUCCAAAUCUCAGAAGAAGCGCCGACCCUCGAAAAAAUUGGUCGCCAACCUAGAAUCCCUGGCCGAUGCGCUGCCGGACGCUGCUGAAGAGUCGCAUGAUGCCGCCAGUCAAGCCAAUGUCAUCAAGCAGAAGACGCUGCGACACAAGCCCGGUGCCUUGAAGCGUCGGGAAAAGCUGGAGAAGGUGGAACGGGAUCGGUUCGCACGGAACAUGGCCCAGAUGUCCGGUUUGCAGACUCAAGUGGCCGAUAGAAAUGCAGAGACCACCUCCGAAUCGAACCCGACCGCGAAUCGCUGGUCUGCACUGCGGAGUUUCAUCUCGCAGACCAUGGAGCAGCAGCCCGUCUUCAAGACCAACAAAUGA